GGCACGGCGAGCCCCGAGGCGGGGCCGGGGAUCCCGCAGCCACCGCCCGCUCCCCCCGGCUCGGCGGCAGCCGCCCGCAGCUCCCCGCCGAGCAACGUUUUGUUUCACCUUUUCUGGGAUGGAGAUUUCUUCCCACCAGUUUCACCUCUUGCAGCAACUAAAUGAGCAGCGCAGGCAGGACUUGUUCUGCGACUGCAACAUCCUGGUGGAGGGCAAGGUCUUCAAAGCCCAUCGCAAUGUGCUGUUUGCCAGCAGCGGCUACUUCAAAAUGCUCCUUUCGCAGAGCUCGAAGGAGACGAGUCAGUCCACGACAGCCACUUUCCAGGCCUUUUCUCCCGACACCUUCACAGUUAUCCUAGAUUUUGUGUAUUCAGGCAAACUGUCCCUCACUGGGCAGAAUGUCAUCGAAGUCAUGUCAGCCGCCAGCUAUCUGCAGAUGACCGAUGUGAUCAGCGUGUGUAAAACCUUCAUAAAGUCGUCGCUGGACAUCAGCGAGAAGGAGAAGGAUCGCUACUUCAGCCUGUCAGACAAAGAUGUGAGUUCCAACGGCGUGGACCGAUCCUGCGUGUACAGCGGAGGGUGGAGGGCAGAGAACAGCCCCCCGCAUUCCCACUCGAGCCCAGACCCUGGGACUUGUAUGAUGGGCGGGAACGCUUGGAGCAGUUUCAACUAUUACCCCACCUCUCAAAGAAAUGCCCAGCAGCAGCUGUCCAAGCAUGAGCAGCGGCAGGAUUCCAUCAAGAAAUCCCGGCACCUGGGGCUGCAGCAGCCUUCUGACAUCCCCCACUAUAAAUCAAGCAAGCUGGAGGACAGGGCUGCCGAGCCCGCCGGCCACGCUGCGCCGGCUGAGGAGCAAGUUCACAUCGACACGGAGGUGGAAGCUCCUCACGUGGGCUUCCAGUUCGGCCAAGGGGCUGAGGUGAUGCCCAGGGGCUUGGCAGUGCCGCAGCAGGAGCACGAGUCACCCCGCUCCUCCGGUAAAUCCAAGUCCUCCAAAGCUGAGGAGCAGUACGGGAGCAUGCCCUCCAUCCUGGGAGUGAUGGGGAACUGGGCUGAAGAUGACCUGGCCAGGAUGAGGUUCAAGUGUCCAUUCUGCAGCCACGUGGUGAAGAGAAAAGCUGACCUCAAGCGUCACCUUCGCUGUCACACGGGAGAGCGGCCGUACCCCUGCGAGGCGUGUGGGAAGAGAUUCAGCAGGCUGGAUCACCUCAGCAGCCAUUUUCGAACUAUCCACCAGGCGUGCAAGCCCAUCUGCAGGAAGUGCAAGCGCCAUGUGACCGAGCUGACGGGACAGGUGGUGCAGGAGGGGACCCGGCGCUACAGACUCUGCAACGAGUGCCUGGCCGAGGCUGGAAUUGACAGUAUCCGCAUUGACUUGGAGGCUGAGGCGCCUCUGGAAUUCCCACAGGACGGGGACAAGGAUUCCAGGUGGCACUACGGGGAGGACAACAGGUCCGACGUGGAGAUCGUGGAGGACGGCUCGACCGACCUGGUCAUCCAGCAAGUGGACGACAGCGAGGAUGAAGCGGAGGAGAAGGAAGUGAAACCGAAUAUUAGGUAGUUGGAAGACAAGGAUUGGGAAUUCCGUGGAAGAGGGAGAGUUUGUACUGUGACUCUGCCAGCUGGUGGUGAUCCUACAGAGACACGUGGUUGAACAGGUCCAGACUUGCAUGUAUUUAUGGACACGUCAUUGAGGCCAUGCUGGUUUGUUAGCAGAAGCCCCGUGUGUUGUUUCGUUUAAAAGGAAUCCGUCCUGAAAUCAUGGAUAAACAAGGAAACUGCAGUGUUACCUGGGUAAUUUUUAUAGCAGGCAAGGGGGCACAUCUCAAAGCCUCUUGCAAGGGAGUGAGGUCUAAAUACUUCUAAAAAGUCACAGAUUAUUGUAAAUUGCCCUUUUUUACACUUGUGGAGAGGUGGGGUUUAUUUCAUUGGGCGGUAAACAAAACCAGACAACCUCUCUUGAGUGUUCAGAAGUGAAGAGAAUCUUCCAUGAAAUUUCAUGAAAUCUUCAUGUUAUGAUAAGGAAAAAGGCAGCUAAUUAAGAAAGAGCAUUUAAAAUGUUUUGGCACUUUUGUCUGGAAAAGGACUUCUGUAAAAUUUAUUAGGAUGGGGUGAAUCUUUAGUAGAUCAUAUGUUCAAGACCUACUUCUUUAAAAGGAAAUAAGCACAUAAAUGCUUAACACAUCAGAGACAAACUGAUUAAAAAUUUGGAUCAUUAAUUGAUGCCAGUAAAUGUUUUAGUCUCAAAAUUAGGAUCUCAGACUGGGCUGUUUUAAUUAGCACUAUUAAAAUACUCUUUUUUAAUAUAUUUUGAAAAAGUGCCCAGACAUGAUGGGAUUUUUGGGGGGCGCAGGGCCAGGAGUUGGACUUGGACGAUCCUUGUGGGUCCCCUCCAGCUCAGGAUAUUGAAUUCUGUGCACCUUUUCCUUUUCCAGUGUGUACCAGUGACAUCAAGAUGUGCUGGAAGUUCUAGACACCGUAUUUGUGUCACUUCACCCACAAUUAGGCUACAGAGAUGAGUAAUGAAGAGAUUCUACUCCUCUGACAAAAGAAGCUCCUUGGUUUCGUUGCUUAGUGAGUUUCUCUUACCCAGCACUGUCAACAGGAGAGGAGCAGCAGAUGCUCCUGGGUCCUGUUGCUCUGCAUUCCUUGGACAGACCUGAGUGUUGUUCUAAUUCUUGGGAUCAUGGAACUCAAUGGCUGUAGACUUAGAAAAUUAUACAUAUAUUUUUUUUCUUUUUUACAGCUUUGUAAGCAUGUUUGGCUGAACCCCCGGGUUUCUUACACAACAAUCCCAUAUAUAUAUAUAUAUAUGUAUACUAUAUAAUCUUUUCCCAGGGACAGCUAAAAAGUCACUAUUUUAUUUUUAGUUGUGUAAAACUGUAUAACUUCCUUGUAUCAUCAUGACCAGAGAGUGCAGCGUUUUCAUUCCAGGCUGCAGGUGACCAACUUGACCAACAAAUAACCACUUGAGAACUUUAUGCUAAAUUCAGUGUAAGCAUUAAGCACCCUCCUCUCCAUGGGAAGCAUCCCAAGGAUACAAGAAAUGGUGUUUUAUUGUUCCUACAAAAAUUAUCAUUUAUUGGCUUAGGUGUAGGGAGGGGGUGACUUAGAAAUCUUUGUGAUGACCCAGAUGAAAACAUCUUAAACAAGACUUACACUCGAUUUUAUGGGACACUUGGUCAGCAGCCCAAAAAUGGACUUGAUGUGAAAACAGACAUUUAAUUUCUUGGAGCUUUUAAACUCCUAAAAUGCCUGUUCUCAAAUGGCUAAGAAAUA